AUGGCUACCUACUUGCCACAAGAGAUCUUAGCUCUUAUCGUGGAGCAUGUAUGCGCCCUCCCGGAGAAGGAGUCGCAAGUCAAGCUCACCGACUACACACUUGUCAACAAAUAUUGGCAAGCCGCCUUUGAACGGCAGAUAUGGUCGUCAGUCACUCUACUCAGUCCUUCUGGUAUUGAAGUCGUCACUUCUCGAAGUGGCAAGCAGUACAAAAAGCGUGGACUUCGCUUCGCUGAUCUCGAAAGGUUGACCAGUGAACCAGAAAAUUGGCAACUCGCUCGGCGUGAUUUUCUUCGCGAUAUCCGCUAUAGAGUUGCUGUACCGCGAUUCCUGGACGACGGAGACGGAGAUGAAGACGAAGAAGCAGAGUACAUUGAUGAUUAUGUAUUCACACGGGAAAAUGAUCUCGCAGUCACCAAGGGCAUGUCUCAGUUGUUCAACCAUCUCUCGACCUGGACCAAGCAAAAGAGAAAACUUUCAUUGAGCAUCGUUUUUCAAGCAGAGAAAGGGGAUCUGGACAACGAAGAACGUGAAAUUAACGAAGAAAUUGACUGCCGUAGCCUCCCUUAUCGCGCAGAACUACCCGAGGAUUGUCACUUGUCCACCGUACAAUUUGUUGUGUCGCUGAGCUUUUCCACGCGUUUUGAAGACAACAACAAUGGCAUCUCGCUCUCUGCAGCCCUACGAAUAGCAGCGUCAUGCGGCGGUCAAGCGUUGGAAAGACUGGAGUUGGGCGGAAACUAUGGUUUCCGACCUGAGCAGUGUGAUAUGCAGUGCCAAAUGCGAGACUCUGUGUCACAGAAUCUAGCUCGACCGCCUGCCAGUCUCCGAGUCUUGGAAUUCGACUGGGAUUGGCCCCCUGACCCGUCAGGCUACUGUCAAGACGAAACUCCGCCACCCACUAAGACACAAGUGGACGCUUUAUCCGCAUCAUUGCGUAGAACUUUAUCGCAUCUUCAGAGACUAUGUGUGGAAGGCAUGGAGGUCUCGACCGAGCUUUUCUUUCCCCUUCAAAGCACCGCACAAAUCUUCAUUGAGUUGGCAGUAUCUCGAAGUUCUGGAGUUACGUGCCAUACCUUGGUUCACGCCAUCUGGCCAUGGGCUGGAAUAUCACAACACUGAAUCUUUCGAGCAAGUUUUUGCAACCAGUUACUUCGAUGAGCUCUUUACUUGUAUCGGUCACGCUGCGCUAAAGAUGCCCAAAAUCAAGCAAUUGCUUCUGAUCUAUGAAUCAAAUUGCGAGGGACUCGGAGAGAUUGAGCUACAUCUCGGAGUGCAACAUGGCCAAGCUCAACCUAAGUUCCACUCGGAGAAUGGCUACAUCCCAUUGAGCGAGGUGUUACGGGCAUGGCAGGUACCACAAGACAGACUCGAGGAUUGUGG